UAAAGGAUUGUGAUUGGCCCGCUCACGCGCGAAGUUCAAACAGGUACGUGUGUAAUGGACCUGCGGCGUUUGAUCUGCUGCACGGCAGUGUUCGCCUUACUGUCAGGUGUUGAUGGAGACUGCAGCAGAAAUCAGUGGCAGUGUGAUGAUGGAGUGUGUGUGCCGCAAAGAUGGCGCUGUGAUGGAGUCAGUGACUGCCAGGAUGGAUCUGAUGAGAUGGACUGUUUAUGUCAACCAGGAGAUUUGGAGUGUGUGGAUGGUUCCGGGUGUGUGCCUGGGUCGGGUGUUUGUGACGGGCGGCCCCAAUGUCCUGAUGCUUCAGAUGAGUGGGAUUGCAGCCGGAAAUUAGGCUGUCUCUCCGGUGACUGGAAGUGCAAGAACAACAUCUGCAUCCCACGAGACCUUCACUGCAAUGAUGUCAACGAAUGCGGCGAUAACUCUGAUGAAGAAACAUGUGGUUCCUGUGGGAAGAUGAACAUCCGCUGUGCUGAUGGCAGGUGUCUAAGCCAGAGAGAGAGGUGUGAUGGAGUCGCUCAGUGCCCAGAUAAGAGAGAUGAGCCUCUUACAUGCGGUAAAAGUUGUCAUAAUGGCAAUGGCGGCUGUAGCCAUACUUGCAUUGACCAGCUUUGGGGUGCCUUGUGCACUUGUCCCACUGGAAUGACCCUUUCUGUAAAUGGACUUGAUUGUGAAGAUAUCAAUGAGUGUGAUCAGUCUUUCGGACCAUGCAUGCACUUGUGCACAAACACACCAGGGUCUUUUCGGUGUCUGUGCCAGAAUGGUUUCAGAUCUCUUGGCAAUGGCUCUUGUGAAGCUCAAGGGGCCAUGAUAAAGAUUUUGACAAUCAGGAAGGGGCUCAUUGGGUUAGUGAAUGUGAAGACCAGAGUGUAUGAGCCGCUCCUUACAAGUGAGAGUGACCCUGUAGCCAUGACCUAUGAUAUCCGAAGGAACUUCAUUUACUGGGCUGAUCAAAAUGGGAAUAUCUUCAAGGCUUAUAACCGGAAGAGCACAAUUCUGUAUACAGGGCGGUCUGGUGUGAAGAGUCUAGCCAUAGACUGGCUUACUGGACAGCUGUAUUGGGCAAGUGUUACCCAGAAAGCCAUCUACACUGGUGCAGCUGAUGGUAGUGCAGUAGGCACAGUCAUGUCCAAAGAAAUGGACCCAAGCGAUAUGGUCCUGAGCCCAAUCGAGAGUUUCAUAUUUUGGAUUAACAAAGGAACGAAUGAAGAAUUAACCAUUGAGAGAGCGGAAAUGGAUGGUUUGAAUCGGACAACGCUGAUGUUCAUUACUGCACAGUUACCAAGAAGUCUUACGCUGGAUGUGGCGGCACGGCGACUGUAUUGGAUCAGUGUUUACAAAAUGUCAAUUGAGAGCAUCAGGACAGAUGGCACUGGGCGGCACACCUUUUGGGAUUACUUUCAAGGAAGUCGUGCUCAGACCCUGGCCGUGUUUAACGGUUGGUUCUACUGGGCUGAUGAGAAAAAACUCUGGCAGGUUCCUCAAAAUCUGUCUGCUGCCAAACAAGAUGGAUUCAUUCUAAAAGCCUCGCUUCCUUACCUGAACAUCUACCAUGCACUUCAGCAACCCCAAGGUUUUACACCAUGUAAAAACUCAGGCUGCCAGCUGUGUUUGCCUUCCAAGAAAAGUGAUGUUGGAUUCACCUGUCUGUGUCCUGAGGGGUCGUUGCCCAUGUCUUGGGGAUCUUGCGAAAAUUUUAAGGUCGCCUAUGCAACACCCAGAACCAUAUACAGUUUGGAGUUUGCAGGAAAGACUCCUGUGAAAACUGAACUCUUUACUUCGGGUGAAGACAUCCAGUCCUUUGACAUGUACUGGCAGCGAGGAUGUCUGGUUUGGGCUAAUGGGACGGGUCACGUAAAGAUUAACAUACAUUCUCAGGACUUGUCAGAUUACAUUCUGACUUUAAAACCAGCCUGCGUCGUCAGAGUUGACCAAAGAACCGGGAAUCUGUAUUGGCUGGCAUGUGAUGAACUUUCCAUUGGCGUUUCAUCCAUUGGCCCCCUUGACCAAAGUAUUUCCAGGCAGCUUUAUCAAGCCAAAACUUCAAUCCUAGACCUGUUUGUGGAUUGGCAGAGAGGAAAGCUGUACUGGCUAGAGGGAGGUCAGAUCAUGAGAAUGAAACUGGGCCUGAUUGGUGGACAAGCAGAAGCCAUCUUCAGCUUUGAGGACAGUGGAGUGGACCGUAUUGUGUUUGACAGAAAAGCGAAUGGCUUCCUUUGGAGCAUGGAGUCUUACUUGCAGGUUAUGAGUCUAUUGAAGAUGAGAAAGUACUCAGCUGGUUCAGACUGGGUGGUUCCUGGCUCCAUUGUUGCUGCUUAUGAACCCUACAUGGUGGCAUUGCUCGAUAACGUCCUGACAGUUUGGAAUCGUAAAGAUGGAGCUCGUGUCUCUGGGGUGGUGGUAGAGAAUGGAGUUGUUAGCUUAUCCGUUGCCCUCAGGGAAGUCCAACAAGAUAAGAUGGCCAAAGAUGUGCGUCCUACUGAUGUGACUUGCAAAAGUCCCCUAGUCUUUUGUCAAGGCUCAACAGUGUGUAUCAGUCGAUCUCAACGGUGUGAUGGGAAGAGAGACUGUCCAGAUGGGUCUGAUGAGGCCUCAUGUUUACACAUGUGUGCAAAGCCAGGUGACUUCCUGUGUAAGGAUGGAAGUAAGUGUGUGGAGAGAGAUUUGGUGUGUGAUGGCCGCUCUCACUGCAUUGACGGUUCAGAUGAGAUGGGAUGUCCCACCAUGGCUGGUAAAACCUCAGCCACAGCAUCAUUAAAGUGUCGAGUGGGCUCUAAACCCUGUGAGGAUGGACGUGAGUGUGUCCUGUACAGUCAUGUGUGUGAUGGAGAGAUGGAUUGUAAAGAUGGAUCUGAUGAACGAGGCUGUGAAUAUAAAUGUAAAGCAGAUCAGUUCCAGUGUGCUCAUGGGAGGAUGUGUAUCAACAAAAAGCAGGUGUGUGACGGCACACCUCAGUGUCAGGAUCGCUCUGAUGAAAUGGACUGUUUCACUCGCUCACACGACUGCAAACACCAGUGUGACAAUAAAACUCGCUGCAUCCCAGAAAACUUCCUCUGUGAUGGAGAGAAAGACUGUGUAGAUGCCACUGAUGAAGACAACUGCUCUGAGAUAAAGAAAGGGGAUAUAAACUUGGUGGCACUGAACAAAGGCAACUCAGGCUUUGCAGCUCCACCUCCAAUCUGUAGAAGUCCAUCCAUGAUGUGUCCAGGAACAUCACUGUGCAUUUCUCAGACUCUGCUGUGUGAUGGGAAGAUAGAUUGUCCAGAUGGUUCUGAUGAAGUUUCUUGCAUGCAUGUUUGUUCAAAACCUGAUGACUUUCUGUGUAAGGACAGAAGGAAGUGUAUUGAUGGGAAUCUGGUGUGUGAUGGCCGCUCUCACUGCCUUGAUGGUUCUGAUGAGGUGGCUUGUUACAUGGUGGCUAGAUCCUCAACCGCGGCUUCAUUAAAGUGUCGCGUGGGCUCUAAACCCUGUAAAGAUGGACGUGAGUGUGUCCUGUACAGUCAUGUGUGUGAUGGAGAGAUGGACUGUAAAGACGGAUCUGAUGAACGAGGCUGUGACUAUAAGUGUAAAGCAGAUCAGUUCCAGUGUGCUCAUGGGAGGAUGUGUAUCGACAAAAAGCAGGUGUGUGACGGCACACCUCAGUGUCAGGACCGCUCUGAUGAAAUGGACUGUUUCACUCGCUCACACGACUGCAAACACCAGUGUGACAAUAAAACUCGCUGCAUCCCAGAAAACUUCCUCUGUGAUGGAGAGAAAGACUGUGUAGAUGCCACUGAUGAAGACAACUGCUCUGAGAUAAAGAGAGGGGAUAUAAACUUGGUUGCACUGAACAAAGGCAGCUCAGGCUUUUCAGCUCCACCUCCAAUCUGUAGAAGUCCAUCCAUGAUGUGUCCAGGAACAUCACUGUGCAUUUCUCAGACUCUGCUGUGUGAUGGGAAGAUAGAUUGUCCAGAUGGUUCUGAUGAAGUUUCUUGCAUGCAUGUUUGUUCAAAACCUGAUGACUUUCUGUGUAAGGACAGAAGGAAGUGUAUUGAUGGGAAUCUGAGGUGUGAUGGCCGCUCUCACUGCCUUGAUGGUUCUGAUGAGGUGGCUUGUUACAUGGUGGCUAGCUCCUCAACCGCGGCGUCAUUAAAGUGUCGCGUGGGCUCUAAACCCUGUAAAGAUGGACGUGAGUGUGUCCUGUACAGUCAUGUGUGUGAUGGAAAGAUGGACUGUAAAGACGGAUCUGAUGAACAGGACUGUGGUCGUCAGUGCCAAUCUGGUCAGUUCCAGUGUACCUCUGGAGGGAGAUGUAUUGAAAUGAAUCAGGUGUGUGAUGGAACUCCUCAGUGUCUGGAUAGGUCUGAUGAAGCAGGAUGCUGGAAACCCUCAAGGAGCUGCAGCAUGCUCUGUGACCUGGAUACUCACUGUAUUCCUGAAGUCUUCAUCUGCAAUGGGGUUAGGGACUGUCGAGAUGGCAAAGAUGAAGCCAACUGUGCUAUAUCCAGACCAGCUCAGACGAGCUGUAAGAGUCCCUCUGUACUGUGUCUGGGAACGUCAGUAUGCAUGUCUCAGGGGCAGCUGUGUGAUGGCAGAAGAGACUGUCCUGAUGGAUCUGAUGAAGCUUCUUGUAUAGAUGCAUGUGCUUCUCCAGGUGACUUCCUGUGUAAGGACAGGAGGAAGUGUAUUGAGGGGGCUCUGGUGUGUGAUGGUCGCUCUCAAUGCCUUGAUGGUUCUGAUGAGGUAGAAUGUCCCACCAUAGCAGCUAUAACUACAACAACAGCACCCUUCAAGUGUCGUGUGGGCUCUAAACCCUGUAAGGAUGGACGUGAGUGUGUCCUGUACAGUCAUGUGUGUGAUGGAGAGAUGGACUGUAAAGAUGGAUCUGACGAAGAACACUGUGAACUUCAAUGCAAUCCUGAUCAGUUCCAGUGCGCUCAUGGGAGGAUGUGUAUCGACAAAAAGCAGGUGUGUGACGGCACACCUCAGUGUCAGGACCGCUCUGAUGAAAUGGACUGUUUCACGCGCUCACACGACUGCAAACACCAGUGCGACAAUAAAACUCGCUGCAUCCCAGAAAGCUUCCUCUGUGAUGGAGAGAAAGACUGUGUAGAUGCCACUGAUGAAGACAACUGCUCUCCCAUUACUGGCCCGUCCAUCAAAGACCCUUCUAAAAUAUCAACCCAGCCUGCGUGCACUAGCCCUUCUGUGUUUUGUCAUGAAACCUCAAAAUGCAUCACACAAUCCCAACUAUGUGAUGGGAAGACAGACUGUCCCAGUGGAGCUGAUGAGCAGUUUUGCAUAUAUUCAUGUCCAGAUCCAGACCAGUUUCUGUGCAAGGACAGACGGAAGUGUGUUCGGAGAACCCUAGUGUGUGAUGGUUACUCUCACUGCGCUGAUGGAUCAGAUGAGAAACAGUGUCCCACCUGUGCUUUACAUUGUGACCAAAAUAUGGUGUGCCUGAUUAACAAGCAGCUCUGUGAUGGAAAACCAGACUGUAAAGAUGGUUCAGAUGAGAGGAACUGUUACACUGGUCGUGUGGCUGGAAGUGCUUCAUUACCUCUGAAAUGUCCCUUGGGAUCCAAACCUUGUAGGGAUGGGAAAGAGUGUGUCCUGUACAGCCAUGUGUGUGAUGGAGAGAAAGAUUGCAAAGACGGAUCUGACGAGAGGAACUGUGAGCGUAAAUGUAAAAAAGACCAAUUCCAAUGCGCUCAUGGCAGGAAGUGUAUAGACAUGAAGCUUGUAUGUGACGGCACACCUCAGUGUCAGGACCGAUCAGAUGAAAUCAACUGCAUGAAGCACUCAGAGGAGUGCCGACACCCGUGUGACAAUAAAACCCGCUGCAUUCCUGAAACCUUCCUCUGUGAUGGAGAGAGAGACUGUGUGGAUGGCACUGAUGAAGCCAACUGUGUGGUAGAGCCGUGUUCGAGUGAUCGGUUCCAGUGCAGUAAUGGUCAGUGUGUGGCACUGGCCCUCCGUUGUGAUGGGUACGCUGACUGUCGUGAUCAUUCGGAUGAGAAGGGCUGUUCUCAGCCUCCGCACUGUCCUGUGGAGCAGCGCUGCCCCCACACUCAUGAGUGUCUGCUGAAAGAAUGGCUCUGUGAUGGAGACGAGGACUGCAGUGAUGGGUCUGAUGAGAGGAACUGUAAGGUGACUCCGCUGAAGUGUGGUGAGUUCCAGUGGUCAUGUGCAUCUAAAACUCAAUGCAUUGUGAAGACAUGGAGAUGUGACGGCGUGAAGGAUUGCAAGGACGGGAGUGAUGAAUCGGGAUGUGGUCAAGUGAAAUGCCCAACACACUUGUUCCCGUGUGGAAGUGGGGAGUGUGUGGACCCAGAUCUGGUGUGCAACAGGGGAUCUGACUGUGCAGACGGUUCUGAUGAGGGUGUGGGCUGUCUGAAGAACAACUGCUCCAGUCCCAUCAGCCCAUCAUGUCAACACUACUGCUUCAACACUCCACAUGGAGCGAGAUGUGGCUGUAAGACUGGCUUCAGGCUUCAGUCAGACGGUUUAACCUGCAAUGACAUCGAUGAAUGCAAAGAGAUUCAGCCCGCUGCCUGUAGUCAUAACUGUGUCAACACGCUAGGCUCCUACCGGUGUCAAUGCCACCCUGAAUUUAUACUGGAGCCAGAUGGUCACAACUGCAAGACAGCAGAGGAGCCCAGUCUUUUGGUCUCUGAACAGUACGAGCUUAUAAAGUUGGGUCUGCGAAGCUUCAAUAUUCGAGCUCUCGUCACACCAGGACGGAAGCCCAUCUUCUCUCUUGACUAUGACCGGAGAGAGCAGAGGGUUUACUGGGUUAGUCUGGAGGAAGAGAGCAUCAAAUAUGCCUUCCACGGAGAAAAGGAUAACAUUGGAACUAUUGUCAAAGGUGUGAAGUCAGACUCCAUUGCUGUUGACUGGAUGGGAAGGAACCUUUACUGGGUCGAUGGUGUUGCUGGGCAGAUUCUAGCUGUGAGAUUGACCAGCAGUAUUGUAAAGCCACAAAACUACGUUGUAGUUGUGGAUAAGGAUUUGGAGCAGCCACGCUCACUUGUGCUGCUGCCGCAGAAAGGGAUAAUGUUCUGGUCAGAGAUCGGAGGUCAAGCUCAGAUCGAGCGCUCUAGCAUGGACGGCUCAGACAGGAAGGUGGUGAUCAGCCGUGGUCUCAACUGGCCUGUCAGUGUGACGGUGGACAUUUUGACUGACAGACUAUAUUGGACUGACGAGAAGCUUAGAUGUAUAGGCUCAGCGACAUUGGAUGGAGAAAACAUAAGGUUGCUACAGCUGUCUGAGAUGCCCAGUCCUUUCUCCCUGGCUGUGUUUAAUGACAUGGUCUACUGGUCUGACACUCGUAGAAGAUCCAUUCAAGGUGCCAAUAAACUGACUGGCAAGAACCGCAGAGUUUUUCUCAAGAGACCUGGACAGCCGUUCGAUCUCAAAGUUGUCCACCCUCUUUUACAGCCCAGUGUGUCCAACCCCUGUGAGAAGCUCAAGUGCUCCCACAUGUGUUUGCUGGCUCUGGGGCUCAAAGCGGUGUGUCGCUGCCCGGCAGGACUUCUCUUGGCUGCGGACGGAUUUACUUGCACCCCAUCUGUCGAUUCCACCUCCUCUUUCCUUAUGCUACUGUCAUCUACCAUGAUUACACAGAUCUUCACCAAGAACCUUCAAGAAGAGGUUGGGCUGAAGACAUGGCCAGAGCAUCGUUCCUUGACUCUCCCUGAUGUGAAAGAGGCUUCAGACUUUGAUCUGCUCCUCAAAGACCGCACCAUUUCCCUUGCUGACGCAGGACAGGGCUCUGUAGUUCAGCUCAAACUAAGCAGCUCUGGCUUCAUACCAGUAGGUCACAUGCUUCAGCUCAACGGGGACCUGGUGACCGCUCUAGCUGUGGACUGGGUCACACGUAACCUGUACUGGAGCAGCGUCAAGACCGCCCAGCUUUACGUCACUUCCCCUGGAGGGAAGUACACCAGCCUGGUGCUGCAAGCCGAAAUCGAGGAUACAAUCUCCAUCGCCCUACACCCUCCCACGGGCAGGUUGUGCUUUACCGCAGUGGGGCGGAGGGGGUCCGAGCCGCAGCCCCAGGUCGACUGUGCUCACAUGGAUGGGAAGAAUCGCACGCUGCUGUGGAGCAAAGCAAAGAUGCCUGCUUCACUCGCAUUUUCUGAGAAAGGAACAUUGCUUUAUUGGGCAGAUAUUGGCAGUGAACUGAUUAGCUCUAUUAAUAUAGACGGCUCUAAUUAUAAGGAGUACAGCACCGGACAUGCCUUCAUUGUGUCUUUUGCCCGUAUUGAGAACAUCUACUUCUGGAUCACCCUGGAUAAUGGUACAACUAAAGUGUGGUACACCGAUGGCUUCCAGCCCAAGCAAAUGUGGUUUGAGGUGAAGAUGAGCAUUAUAGAGUUGAAGGCUUACAGCAAGUCCAGUCAGAAAGGAACCAACGUCUGUUCUGAAAACAAUGGGGGCUGCAGUCACCUGUGCCUGCCAUAUCCAGGUGGACGCUCAUGUCGCUGUACGCAGGGCUACCUUACUGUGAACAAGACUAAAUGUGUUUCCAAUCUCAAGUGUCCUGUGGGCAGUAAAGCCUGCAGUGAUGGCCUCGAGUGCAUCCCUGUGUCCAAGUUCUGCGACCAGGUCCCAGACUGCCAGGACGGCUCGGACGAGUACUGUGACCUUGUGAAAACCAAACCAGGUGUCAAAUCCAAAUCUGGGCCUUACUCUGUUGACCCGGCUGUUGGACUCUCUUCAUCUAGAGACAACAAGGUGGAGCAGAGUCUGGGCAGUCAGUCAUGUGAUGAACGAUGCGGCAGUCAUGGGAAGUGUGUGAGCGUGAAGGGUGAGCCGGCGUGUGAGUGUGAGGAAGGCUACAGUGGGGAUCUCUGUCAGAACGCCAACUCCAGCUCCACUGCCCUCGCUCUCACACUCACCUUUCUCUUCGGAGGAGCUCUGGUGGCCGCCGUCAUCCUCAAGAGGAGAAGAAUGCAAGCAGCAAGGGAAGAGGCUACUGAAAAAGAGAGUCUUGUGACUACUGACAUGGAAGAACAAACGACCUUCUCUCAAAACUUUGCUAAUGAGUUGUACGAUCCAGAAGAGGCUCCGAUUAGUCCAGCUUUCACCCCUGUUGUCAGCUAAUUUUUUUUCUUUUUCUUUUUUAAAUGUCUAAUAAAACAAUUGACACUGCAA